CCCCACCCCGCGCGGGUGGGGCGGGUGCCCUCGCUUCCCUCCCGGCCCUGCUGGGGCGCUGCUCCCUCCGGAGACGCGCCUCCCUCCGGCAACCCAGCGCGAGAGCUCCACGUCUCCGCCGCUACCUGCCCCGGCCCGGCGGGUUCGGAUCUGAUCCGAUCGGAGACGGAGCAUGGAGCCGGGGCAGCCCCGGGAAGCCCGCGAACCCGGGCCAGGGGCAGAGACCGCCGCGGUGCCGCGCUGGGAGGAGGCCAAGACUUUCUACGACAACCUCGCGCCCAAGAAGAAACCCAAAUCGCCCAAGCCUCAGAAUGCAGUCACCAUCGCUGUGUCCUCCAGAGCCUUGUUCCGCAUGGAAGAGGAGCAGAGGAUCUACACAGAGCAGGGUGUGGAGGAGUACGUUCGCUACCAGCUGGAACACGAGAAUGAACCCUUCAGCCCCGGGCCAGCCUUCCCAUUUGUGAAGGCCCUGGAGGCUGUGAACAAGCGACUUCGGGAGCUGUACCCUGAAAGCGAGGAUGUGUUUGACAUUGUCCUCAUGACCAAUAACCAUGCGCAAGUGGGAGUCCGUCUCAUCAACAGUAUCAACCAUUAUGACCUGUUCAUCGAGCGGUUCUGCAUGACAGGUGGGAAUAGCCCCAUCUGCUACCUCAAGGCCUAUCAUACCAACCUCUACUUGUCAGCGGAUGCAGAAAAAGUUCGAGAAGCCAUUGACGAGGGGAUUGCAGCUGCCACCAUCUUCAGUCCCAGCAGGGACGUGGUAGUGUCCCAGAGCCAGCUGCGCGUGGCCUUUGAUGGGGAUGCUGUGCUUUUCUCAGAUGAGUCGGAACGCAUUGUGAAGGCCCAUGGACUGGACAGAUUCUUCGAGCAUGAGAAGACACAUGAGAACAAACCUUUGGCCCAGGGCCCUCUAAAGGGCUUUUUGGAGGCACUGGGUAGACUGCAGAAGAAAUUCUACUCCAAGGGACUGCGGCUGGAGUGCCCAAUUCGCACUUACUUGGUGACAGCCCGCAGUGCAGCCAGUUCUGGGGCCAGAGCCCUCAAGACCCUGCGCAGCUGGGGCCUGGAAACGGAUGAGGCCUUAUUCCUUGCUGGAGCACCCAAGGGCCCUCUUCUUGAGAAGAUCCGCCCACACAUCUUCUUUGAUGACCAGAUGUUCCACGUGACUGGGGCUCAGGAGAUGGGCACAGUGGCUGCUCAUGUGCCUUAUGGCGUGGCGCAGACACCCCGGCGGGCUUUGCCUGCAAAGCAAGCUCCAGCUGCACAGUAGCUGAGCCACCUUGCUCCAGGCACCCUGUCACACUUCAGCACAGAGUUCCUUGUCUGGUGAACUCUUCUACUUCCUCAGCAUCCUCCCUCCUGCCCUCAUCCCUCUGUGCGAGGUACCUGUAGGAAGUUAUAAAGACAGGGUCAGCACCAUCACCAUCCCUCCUGGGCAAAUGCUGCCACAAUCCUGGCUGGGAUAGCAGGACUGUGCAAGGUAGCUUGGAUGUCAGGAGAAAUCAGUGCAACUGAAGGUGAAAGGGUCAGAGAAGCCAGGAUGCAGAAGGGAUGAAAACUAGCUCAUACAGUGCAAAUACUAUUCUGUGAGAGAGGAUGGAUAUGGCAUCUAAGUUCUGCCCUGGCAUGGCCAGCAUAGCUUAAGUCCCUCUUCUUGGUGGGCCUCAGCGCCCCGCCCCCCAAUCUUUUAGAUAAUUUUCAAGCCGUCCUUCAGCCAGAGAGGUUUGGUUUUAUAACAUUAUACACUAAAUUAAUCAUUCUGUGCCAGGGCUCCUAGCACAUACCUCAUUUGUGAAGAUUACCAGGAAACACCCUGCCCAGGUGAAUGAGUUACAAAGAGAGAGCCCAGCCUGACCCAGGACAUAGGCUAGAUUUCAGCCCCAUUACCCUGUCUCAGCCCUGAGGCCCACCAAACAGACAAUAUGCACAGAACUCCACAGCAGCCCUACCUAUAACUUCCAGUGUUUGGAAACCACUAGACAAGAUAACCUAUAGCUUCCUGUGAUUUGCUAAUCUGAGCCUUGGAGGGUCAGCUGUCAGGUAGGUUUGUGGAAAGGAGGAAGAGGCAUAAUGUAGCCCAUGUGCAAAUUCUCCUCUGGCCAGCAGGGGACACUGCAGGCUCUUCCCAGAGUGGAGCUUUGCUGUUGAGGAUUUCCUUUGCCUUCAGCUUUUAGCCAAAGUUUGGCUGUUCUGUCUCCAACCUUCUCACCUCAGCCCUGGGUCUUCCAGUCACUUCCGCCCACCAUGCUGUGAGGCAGUCCUGCCAGUGGGGAAACAGAACUCUAGCCCAAAAUUGGGAGAAAGCUCAGGAUCUGAAGUGAGUGGUUGUCCAGGCUGAGCUUGAGGCUAAGGGUACAGCAGGGAGAAGUGGGAAGUGUCAGGAGGUCUGAUCUGAGACCAAAGGUGUCAAGGAAGUGAUAUCUUAGAGAGGAAUGACUUGAGUGUGCACUAGCACAAUUCCCCUGCAGUGGACAGUGAGUGGAAGCCGGUCAGAGCUGCCCUAGAGAUGAUGAGCUGUCACCAGGGUGCUGUACAAAGGAUUCUGGGAUGAGCUGACCUCUCUGAAAUAGUAGUCACCAGUGACUACUCCACCUUUACAUGAACCCAUGCAGCAACUUCUUCUCCAUCCCCAGGGGAGCAUUCCCACCACAGGAUGAGUGAUGGUCAGCCUCUUCAAUUGCUACGCCUUGAUCCUCAGAGGAAGGGUGGAAACAUGGAUGGCUGCUUCCCUAGGAAGACAGGAAGGAUCAAGCAGACAUCUGUGUGUUCACUGACUGCUGACUCCCAGCAGUGAGGAAAACCAGAGGCAUCAUCAGAAGGGCAGGGCAAGAACCUGGAGGUGGGGUGAAGGACAAUCUGGAGAUCCUAACCCCUGUCCCUAGGCAUUUGACCCAGGAUCUGAAUGAGUACGUGUUCUAGGCAGUGUGGUUAAGGGUAACAGCUGCAGGAUGGAGGAAAAAGAAAGAUCCAAGGUCUUCUGAAAAUGAGCACCAGUUUGGGCCAGAAGAGAAACACUGGGCUGUGUUUGUGCUGCCAGUGCCAGAGUCUGCAGAGGCUGUUCCUGGAAGACUGAGCUGGGUGUGAGGCAAACACCAGCCAUAGCUGCCACUGACAUUAUUUUACCCGGAAGGGUAUAGGAUGAAGGACCUAUUUGUACAAGGUCAUUUCCAUCAUACAGCCAUGGCCCUCCUGGCAAGACUAAGAGGUCUUGAGGCAGGGGAGGAGGCCUAGAAAGGACCUUCUUCCACUCCAGUUCUCCAAGCCUGGCCAGAGAUGCUGUGGAACCUAAAAGCAGCUGCAAGGAAAUGAAAAGGAGGUGGGAGAGAGAUUUCAGCCUCAGGUCACCUUCCAUCUUGACUGGAUCACACAAAAGCCUUCUGCCCUGAAUUCACAAUCGCCCCUUUGAAGGAGCCCCCAAGGCUCACAGGGCCAGUCGUCAUAAGAACAGCUGUGAGGCUGUUCAGAGAAUUUCAUCAGGCUGCCCGGGCAGGGAGGACCUGUGUACUGUGACACAGCACCAGAUGAUGCCUAGUUAAGACUCUGGGACUCCUGAGGUCUAGCCCUCGUGAUGAGCACCGUGAGCCAGUUCUCUCAGGAAGCAGGAACAUAGGCUGCUGGAAGCAGGAAGAUAAGGUGCAGCCAAAGCUGCAGAUUCACUGGAGCCGCUGUUAAUAGACACAGACAGCCCUGAGUAAUACAGAAACACUAAAGGUCUAAAUUCUGUUACUGAAACCACACAUGAGCAUCACAAAAGCUUUUGGAGAUGGAUUAAAAGGCCAGAAGUCCUGGGGGCAGGCUCUGGCUGCAGCCAGACAGCCCUCCUGAUGGUCUCAAGGGCUGAGGAGGUGCCCAGCAGCAAGGGACAUUGUUUAGUGUGUCACUAGGAAGUUUAAAAGCCAAGUAAGUACCAAAGCUCCAGGCCCAGCCUCAGACUGAAACACUGGGGCAGAGAGGCCACAGCUUCCAGAACACUGGACCUGUUUAGCUGCAAGUACCACAUCCCCAGGUCUGGCAGAACACUAGUCCUAAGUGCUUGCCAACAGAGUUCCAUGCCCAACGGAGCUGCCAUUCAGAGAACAGAAGCCCUGUUAUUAAGCACUGUGACUGGUAAGAUUACUGCAAAAACCCCUCUCUGGGCUGGGGAUGCAGCUCAGUUGGUAGAGUGCUUGCCUAACAUGUAGGAAGCCCUGGGUUUAAUCACCAGCACUGCAUAACCCAGACAUGGCGGUACAUACCUGAGAUCCUGGCAUUUGGGGGAUGGAGGCACAAGGAUCUGGAGAUCAAGGUCGUUCUCAGCUACAUAGCCAGUUUGAGGCCAACCCUAUCUAAAAAAAAAAAAGCAAAUCCUUCCCUAACUGUGAGUGGGGAUGUAGCAGAAUAUACCAGAAGGAAAAUGGACACUAGCAAGAAGUUCAACUCCAAAAUGCAUGGUUAUUCAUUGGUGUGCACCCAUUCAGCCAAACUGACAAUGAGAAUAUUGAAAUUCCUCCUUAGCAGGUGGUAAAUAGCCCUGUCCCAAGUCCCUGAGUAUCCCUUGGCAACAUCAGCUGCCCUGGCCCUGCACUAUGAAUUCUCCAUAAUUCAGCCUCCCAGAGGAUGCAUCAGUACUGGGGCUAGUGUCAACUCUUGAGGUGUUCUGCCCAUACUGAUUCAAGGAGCAACCAUAAUUUGCCCAAAGUCAUUCCACUAUUAGGUAGCAGGGUUGGGACUCCAAGUCCUGUUUGUGUGAUGCUGGGAUCUGAAUGGCCAUCGUUUUCCAUACUGUGUAGUGAUGGUCAAAACACUUCUAUUUUGAGGUGAACUGAGGAACUUACCUGAAGCUAACAUGUUGGUUUUCCACAUGUUGAAAUGCUGGGGUACAUCUAAGUAGGUGCAUUUUAGUUAUAGUAUCCUAACAACAAUUCAAAUUAGAGCCAAACAUUUGUAGCAUCCCUGAAGCACUUCCAAACAACCUCGAAUUCUAUGGAACCAGGUUAAAGGUCUUGGAUUUGAGCUAAUGCAAGGUUUGGUAGUCUCAGCUCCCUGAGUCCAAAUUGGACAUACUGCUAUUGUCAUAAGAAGGCUUCUAUUAUUUUUAGCACAUCAUGUCCACAGUUUGUGGAUGUUCAUGGCUGUUUCCACACCAUGGCAGCAGAUUUGAACGGUCACAAUAGAAACUGCAAAGCCAAGAAAAUUAUCUGGCCCUUUUAUAGAGAGCAUUUGCUGACCACUGGGCAACGGCAAGCAUCUCUGGCCCAUACCCCAGUGGGAUGAAUCAGACCACAUCUAAGGACAGAAGUUGGCUCCACCGCUAAGUCAAAAUGGGCACUCCCUGACCAUCUGACCCUUUCUUGAUAUUCAAGGAUUUAAGAUUCUAAGUGAUCCAUGGCCCACUGUAAUUUGCAUUUUAGUUGAUGCAUGAACUUGACCUUGACCUUGACCAUUAACUUGAACAGGACCAUGGCUAUGGGAAGUUUUGCCAGCUGUCCAGCAUCUGAUCACUGGAACUCUGUGUACUCAGCUCCACAAUGGUCUCAUGGGGCCUCUUGAGCAGUGAUAAGCACUGGUAAGUUUUAGAUAAAGUAAAGUGCCCAACUCAGAGAUCUAAGGAGUCAUCCACACACACUCUAAAAUCAACAAGAAGUUCAUGAACAGGGUUCCCAGAGGGCUUCAGCUCAGAAGGUACUGAUCAAAUGAGAGGUCAAACUCCACCAAAAGUUGAAAUGACAGUUUUCUUGUAAAAUGAGGUUGUAAGCCACAAAGGCACCUUCACAAUGGAAUUAUAACUCAGAAAGUUCCAGAAUCCACUAUAAACAUGGCAAGUGUGAAAGCUGUUUCACUACAGCCAUGGUUGCUGCCACCAUCCUAUCAUGACCGUCCUCCUUCCUGUGCCAGGACUUGGACUCGCUAUCCUCCCAGCAUUUCAGGCAGCCCCUCCCAGCUGGAGGUGGCAUGAAAGACGGAACCCGUUUGCCAACUGGCUGUGUAUACUGUUGCUUUCCAGCAGGCAGGCCACCUGUCUCGAGCAGAACACAAGGAGCAGAACCAAUAACAUCUUGUGCUUAAAGCACGGUGCAGAUGCCUCUCUUGCCAGUAGGUGGCACUGCAGGCUGGCACCGUGCUGCUGCUGUAGUUCUUGACGUACUUUACUUUUCUCUCCUUCCAUACUUCUUGGUACUGUGUGGACUCUCCCACUAAGUAGAUCUAGCAGCCAAAAAGGACUUCAGGUGCUCUGACAAUGUUUGCUAAACACCUGUGUGAUGAGCUAAUGGCUCUCGCCGAUAACCACUGUGAUGGAAUGUAUGGAUUUCUAUGACUGCCACUGGAUAAAAACUGUGUUUAUGUGGGUGUGUGUAAUGGCUCAGAUUGUUCUGUUGAUGACUGUGUGUGUGUGUGUGUGUGUGUGUGUGUGUGCGUACCAUACUUGCACUCUUCAAGUGUGUACAGAUGGUUAUCUCCAUUAUUUGAGGAUCUUGGGCCCCACGGGCUGAUAACCAGCACUAUUUCUUAGGACUGGUUCUAGCUACUCCUAUCAUAUCACGGGCAUCAGGCAUUGCAUGUGCACCGCCUGAGAAUCACUGAGGCCAGACCUCCUAAUAUUCCUAGCUUCUGUCCAAGGGUCUUGCCUCAGAGCCCUCUGUCAUUCACCCCUAUGCUCUGGCGGCUCUGGGCAGAAUGUGAUAGAGUUUCCCUAUACCCGCCUUGUUAGUGCCUUUUUUCUUCCCUCCUUAAAGUGCCAGGGUUAGCACGCACAGUUGGUCAGAUUGUGAACCACAAACAUGUAGGUGCCUACUCAAAAAAUGACACAGUGGUACCUGAACCUGCAAAUCCUGCCCACCGCACACAGAUGCCAGAGCCAUCUCACGGCCACAGCUAGGAAAACUGACUUCCUUCCUGUCCUCCUGGUGUUACCAAACAUGAUCUACCCUUAUCUAUGGCUAGGAAGUAUCUCGCUGAUGGGCCAUCCCCCAGAGGCCACAGGCAUUCAGUGUAAAUAUGGCUGGGGAUGUUUCAGUUACUCAUCUUUGUGAAGGAAGAGGCUCUGCAAGGCAAACCAAAAAUCUAGACAGGAGCUGUCCUAUUCUAUUCCUGGCCAAAGGUGAAUAUGCCUUCACGCUAUCUGUCACUAAAUUAGGGAAAAGACUCAAGAUUAGACUUGCAGCAGACAUCAAUCAGAAAAUUGCCAAGGUCACUGCAGACAGAAUGUGUGGGUCAAGGGUCACAAACCUCACAUCUACCAGGGGCCACACAGGAAACAGAUACAAGCAAAACACAUUGGGCUGGGUCUUGAGAGGAAAAAUAGCUACUAGAGUCCAGUGCACUCCUCACAGAGGAAUGGCUGCUGGAUGGCCUGAUGGUCCACCCCAUUUUUCCUGAGAAGUUAGAAAUAUGGAUUUUCAAAUGUUGGCAACUAUUUCAAAUUUAGAAAAUGUUG